GCGGGGCGGCCGGCGGAGGCGCCGCGUAGGCCCGGGAGGCCGGCCGGCCAGGGCUGGGAGCUGAGCCCCAUGCGUCGCCGCCUCCCCGAACGAUGUUCCCCUCUCGGCGGAAAGCGGCGCAGCUGCCCUGGGAGGACGGCAGGUCCAGGUUGUUCCCUGCUGGCCUGCCCCGGAAGUGCUCUGUCUUCCACCUCUUCGUUGCCUGUCUCUUACUGGGCUUCCUCUCCCUGCUCUGGCUGCAGCUCAGCUGCUCAGGUGAUGUGGCCCGGGUAGCCAGGGGACAAGGGCAGGAGACCCCAGGCCCACCUCGGGGCUGCCCUCCAGAGCUGCCUCCUGAGCACUGGGAAGAAGACCCAUCCUGGGGUCCCCACCGCCUGGCAGUGCUGGUCCCUUUCCGUGAGCGCUUCGAGGAGCUCCUGGUUUUUGUACCCCACAUGCACCGCUUCCUGAGCAAGAAAAAAAUCCAGCACCACAUCUAUGUGCUCAACCAGGUGGACCAUUUCAGGUUUAACCGGGCAGCACUCAUCAACGUGGGCUUCUUGGAGAGCAGCAAUAGCACUGACUACAUAGCCAUGCAUGAUGUGGACCUGCUGCCCCUCAAUGAGGAACUGGACUAUGGCUUCCCUGAGGCUGGGCCCUUCCACGUGGCCUCCCCGGAGCUCCACCCACUCUACCACUACAAGACCUACGUGGGCGGCAUCUUGCUGCUCUCCAAGCAGCACUACCAGCUGUGCAACGGCAUGUCCAACCGCUUCUGGGGCUGGGGCCGUGAGGACGACGAGUUCUACCGCCGCAUCAAAGGAGCUGGGCUUCAGCUUUUCCGCCCUUCCGGAAUCACAACUGGGUAUAAGACAUUUCACCACCUGCACGACCCAGCCUGGCGGAAGAGGGACCAGAAGCGCAUUGCGGCUCAAAAACAGGAGCAAUUCAAGGUGGACCGGGAGGGAGGCCUGAGCACAGUGCGGUACCGUGUGGAUUCCCGAACAGCCCUGUCUGUGGGCGGAGCCCCCUGCACGGUCCUCAACAUCAUGCUGGACUGUGAUCAGGCUGCCACCCCUUGGUGCACAUUCGGCUGA